UAUUCAUGACAUUUCCUGCAGGUUUUUACCUGGAAUUAUUUUCCAGUGUGGUUGUAAUUCAGAUGAAAUGAGGUCGAUUCGGACAAAAAAAUCCGAAGUCGCCAUUUUGGCCACGAAAACAACAUAGGACUUAUUCGCACUCAUAUUUUGUGGUCGUACGAGAUCUUGAUGGAUGGAAAUUGUGUUUUGUGCUCGUUUCUAUCUGGUUGAUUCCUUUCAUCAGUGGGAAGUAUUUUCAAAGAGGCCGUUACGUUUGUAGAUGGUUGUAUAUUUUACUGUUGAAAAAUGCUGUUACACGACAUGAAUCGAUUUGAGGUCGCCAUUUUGUCUCCGAUUUGCUCUGUCAUUAUUAAUAGCUUCGUUCAUUUUCUCUCUAAAAAUCGCAUGAAGAUUCAAGAUUUAUUAGCAGUUCUGACCACAACUGGUGUUGACAGAUUGAACAGUCGUUACGAUCAUUUUGUUUGGUCUUUGAUGAUCGUCUCCAGACAGCUUUGUGUCUGAUUGUGGAAGUGUCAAAGUUUUGUUUCCUCGUGAUGGAUCUGAGAAUGGAAGCUGAAAUAAAUUCCCCUUUUUUGGGAGGGGAAAUCCCAAGAUUGUGGGUAUUUUUUUUUAUCCAGACGAAAGGACAUUCUUGUCCUGUUUCAGUCCAUGCGAAAGUGUAACGGAAGCCUGUGUCAUCUGCAAAGACAGCUGAUGUCAUAGCCUAAUGUCAUCCAUUGAUUUCCUUACUCCCACUAAUGUGAAUCAGAAUCGGAAGUCAUUGAUAACUUUGUCUAAUGAUGAGUUACACAGCAGCCAGUUGUCAUUUUAUUUAUCAUGGAAGGUAAAUUCAUUCGUGGGGAGAAAUUGACAGAUACAACACUUGUUGCAUCAGGCAGUGGUGUUGCGUUGUUUAGUUUUCAGGAUUAUGCUAUGUUUCGUUCAAUUCCAAUUUCUGUACAACAAACAUGGUUGUAUGUCCUCAGUGCUGAUCAUAAGUGACCUUUUUCUAAGGGUUUAACUAAUUUUUUUAACAAAAUGGAAUAAAGUAAGCAUGCCAUAACACCCCCCCCCCCCAACACACACCUGUUAUACACCUGUUAAAGUUUGACAUUGCUAAGUUGAUUAUUUCACAUUGGGUAAUACUAAAGUUGCUAACCUUUAUUUUCUUGGCAUAAUUUCAGGGCAACAUUCAAAUAUUGUUUUACAGCUAUUUGUUUGACAUUCAGAUCCCAGAAAAUGAUGUAGAGGUUGUGAGAGGGACAUUCACCCACCCCCCACCCCAGAAAGUUUUAUCUUGUGUAGAUCAUUAGUGUUUCCUUUAAUACAGUUGCUUUAAUACCCUAACACUUAGAGCCAAGCAUAGUUUGUGUAUUUGCAAUGAUAAAAAUUGAAAUGAGUGACUGAUACCCACAUGUUUGAGCAUCGGAGAGUCUUGUUGGCAUGGAGUUUGAUAGCUUGCACUCUGAAAUCAACACAUGGGGAAGACAGGGGAGAAAAUUGAACAUGGGAUACUUUAAUUGCCAGUCUCUAAAUCUGUGCUGAUAAAGAGUUUACAUCAUUCUUGAUCAGUGUUUAUCAUACUAUUUCAAGCAAGCAUUAAUAUUUAUUUGUUUACCCAAAUGCCCAUAAAUUAUAUCCGUGACAGAUUUUACCAUUUUAGUGGGAGUUCUGUUGAUUUUAGAAAGGUAUUCUGAGGUUUACUUGGAACACGAGAUGACAUUCUACUGGAAAACUUUAAGUUUCAGCACGGAAACAAUAUUUUGCGACAUUUAUUUUCCCUCUAAAAAUGCACUUUUGAGGGUGACAUUUAUGGUCAUUUAGUGUAUUUGAUUGGUGUUCUGUGGCCUACUCAAGAAUAUUUCACUUAUACAAUGGUAACCAGCAUUAUGGUGGGAGGAAACCGGGCAGAGCCAGGGGUAAACCCACGACCACAUACAGGUAUUAUGUUAUCAAAUUAUACUUUUAAGUCUUGUGGAGCAAACUCAACAAGGCAGGCGAAUACUAUAAGCAUAUUGUUUUCUGAAUAAACCACAUGAUCCAGUGGCUGCAAUUUUGCUGAAGGGAUGUUAAGCCAUGAUCAUUCUGUCUUUCCAUGUCGUCUGUUUUUCAACAGCUACCCGUAAUAAUGGAUUAAAUUGUGUUCAACUUGUGGUGAAAUCUCACCAGAGCUACACAAGUUUUCUGUGGUUGUCAAAUAUGGCUUGCUAAGAGGAAAGAAUUUUCUCAUUCUGCAGAAAUGAAAUUGUGCCACCAUACAUUGAAAUUGCUGUAUCGCACAUUUUGCUUCUUUCUUAUUUUUUUUUUUGGUCAUUUCAUUUUUCUAAUCUAGACCCUCAAAAAACAGACCAAGCCCUUCUUUUAAUCAGCGUGCCCGGAGGGAUUAACAGGUGGGACUUUAGCACUUACAAGGGUUGACAAAAGAUUGAAGCAUCUGGUGAUCAACGACCGCCUUUUAUCUGAGCGUGUGGGGACGGAGGAACUGCCAAGCUACCUCGCAGUCAUGGAGCAAAACGGCAAUCAGAACAUGCCGCCGGCGACCCUGUGUCGGGCCGGCUGUGGAUUUUAUGCAAACGCUACGUUUGAUGGCAUGUGCUCCAAGUGUUACAAAGACGCGCUGAAGCGGCGUCAGAACUCGUCUUCGCCGCCGUUAAACGGGCGUAGUUCUCCUUCAGGUGAGGAGGCCGGUGUUACCAGUGUGUCGUCUGCCCUCGCUCAGGCAUCACUAGAGAAUGUAACCACCCCUAUCCAGGAGACCUGCUCUGGGCCAGUGGGUAUCCGCACCCUGGCACCCUCAGGAUCCAGUGUGGAGACUGCCAGCCCCACCGUACCCAUCCUCUGUGUGCCAGGAAAGAGCACAGACGACAGCACAGAAGAGGGCGCUACAGCUGCAGCCCCAGCUUUAGAGGACGAUAUAAAAUCCCCCGACGACCCUAGCAAUAAGAAACCUAAGAAAAAUCGCUGCCACACCUGUAAAAAGAAGGUUGGACUUACAGGUUUUGAGUGCCGAUGUGGUGGUUUAUACUGUGGCCUGCAUCGUUACUCCGACAAACACAACUGUUCCUUUGACUACCGGGAAAUGGCCCAGGAGCAGAUUCGAAAAAACAAUCCCGUUAUCGUCGGGGAAAAAAUUCAGAAAAUUUAAUACCUCUUCCGUGUGUUUGAAGUUCAGCCAAUCAGGCAACAGUGUGAGGAUGAUUGACAGGUGGUGUUUGGCAACUUGCCAGGCAUAAGACAAAUUGUGAAACCAUUUUGAUUUUAGACUUCUAUUUCUUUGCUCCUUGUUUCUGUGGAAGAAUACUUCCCAGAGAGUAGUCCAUAGCAACGACUUGAAUCACAUCUCACAAUCGCAGGAGCAACCAUACGACGUGUGUGAGGAGGCGGGAUGGGGAAUUUAGAUUAUAUUUAACCCAGCCAAUCAUGAUUUGAUAGAUUUUACUUUUGCUGUCUUUGUUUUGCUUCUCAAAAGUCAUUGUGGCACCAGUGUUAUUUUUGAGAAGAUUAUCAGUAAUUUUAUGAAGCCAUGAUGCUUUCAGCUGCUGAUUGUCUUUGCAAAUUUAUCAACAGUUUUCAACCCCCAUAUACAGACUAUAUGGACUAAUCUGUGUCUGUGUCACUAUGGUUAUGCUAUAAUUUAUGCUGAGUGAUUUGGAACUGUCUACCAAAAGGCAAUUCUCUUUUUCUUAUUUUUCGUUCUGUUUUCUGAAUGUAUGUUUACUAUAUAUUUUCCAGUGGGGUUGAACGGCAUUGUGUGUGUUCUGGAUAUUGAGUAAUGUAUUUCUUUUAGCUCCUGGCCGUUUAAAAAGUGGGUGUGUAUGGCCAAUACCCGUUUUUCAGUUAUCUCCCCUUAAUCAUACUAGACCUUAUGUACUGUGUUAAAUCUGGAUUCAAUUUUUUUUCUUUUUUUUUUUCACUAGUAAUGCAUCAUUGCUGCACUUCACUAGGGCACUAACUUUAAGACUUAGUUUUGCUUUUUUGUAUUAAAUAAAUGGCAGUUCAAAUUUCCCCUGAUCAUUUUUUUUUUCAAAUUUUGGGGGAUAUUUGAGGAGUACACCAGCAACAUUGCCUCAAGACCCACAGAGCUUCAUUUAUACAAAUAUAUAUUGCGAUUUAUAUACUUACAUGAUACGAACAUUUACAUAUAUAUAUAUAUAUAUAUAUAAAGAGAUAUAUAGAUUCAAAAACUGAUAUAUGCCUAUACUGCAGCAGAGCUACUACAGUUGGAGAUCAUAAUGAUGUACUUUGCAUUUAAAACAGUGUUUGAUAAAAUAAUGUGGUGUGAAAAUUAUGUAGUGGUAACAUUCAGACUUAAUCUGGUCAUAACUGUAUUAGAGGGUUUCUCAGUUUCUUUGU